GUGGAACAACAUCGCGGCGCGUUCACGUGCCGUCGCAAUUUGCGUGUAGGGGGAGUGGAAAUGAUGGCGACCGAUGCAUCGGAGAUAAUGAUCCAAACAAACCCCAGUCCCGUCCCCGACAACAGUUUCACCACAAUGUCUCUUAAAAUGACCCGGAAAAACCAGCAUAGUCCCUGGAAAUUGAGACUUAUUUACCUGCAGUGCUAUUUCUUGAGCAUUGCAACCAUACUGGGGACUGGUAUCCUAGGUCUGCCAGUGACAAUUGCACAUGCUGGACUGCUGCCGUUCCUCAUCACCUUUCUCAUUGGCUUCCUUGUCCAGGGCCUUGUGAUCUACCUGUUUGUGGAGCUGCUUCAAAGAUGCCAGGUGGCGCAGGUAGAAUCGCUGAAGGGCGCCUCCACUGAGCAGAUUAUAAUGGAACAGGUGGAGGAAGGGGAGGUGGUGCCUGCAAGAGCAGCUCACACAGAAGAGGAGGAGGAGGAGGAGGAGGUGGGGGAUGAAGAUGAAGGGGAGAGUGCAGACACAGGCCUACUCACGCCCGAUGCAGAGGUGGAUGUCCAGAGCCAAGCCCAGAGCUUACAGCCCAACCUGCAUCUCCUGGGCCGUCUCUUCCUCAGCAGGCCCAUGAGCCAUGCCUUUGACUGCAUCAUCCUCUUUCAAUUUAUCUCUGUCGGAAUCAGCUACGUCCUGGCAGGCAGUGAAGCCUAUGCUGCUCUAUUCAACGUCAGCCACAUCUAUGUGAUCCCACUCUUCACCUGGAUCCUGACUCUGUCCAUCCUAUUGGCUCAGCUAAUAAUACAGCCAAUCACCUCCCUGCUCACCCUGUUCAAAGGACUCCUGCUCAUCGUCACGGUUGCCGUGACAUUUGUGGUGGGGUCAGAGGUGGGCCUGCAGAGCAGCGCUGACUUCAGCCAGAUGGGGAAGCCUUUCCUGAUGGGCACCGUGGCUCUGGGAGGGAUAGUGAACGUGAUGCCAAUGCUCUUCUCACAGAUCUCCCACAACAAGAACCAGAUCCUGUGGUUCAGGAGAGCUGUAUUAGCGGGUCUCACCACAUGCGCUGUGCUCAACAUUCUCUGGUGUUGGGCCAUCCUGGAGAUAGUGCCCCAGACCACCUCCUCGCAGGGCUCAGUGGCGGGCGGUGCGGCACAGCGCUCCAACGCCAGCCGCGGCGGAAACGUCACCCCCUUCUCACCUCCACCUCCGGAGUAUUCCUACAUUUCGCUCGAGGCGUCUGAAAAUGCAGGAGAAAUUGCAACGAUUCCCCUGACUAAAAUCAUCAGGGAACAACACAAGGCCUACUGCUGGGUGUCAGAACUGAUCCAGAUCUUCAUCGCCAUCAGCAUCACAGUCUCUUUCCUCGUGAUGGGCUCUGCCAUGAAACACACUAUUGAUGGCCUGGUGAGCUCCUUUUGGACGGACAGACUGGAGGUCUUAUCGAAGGCCUGGGAGCGGCGCUUUUCCACCAGGCUGCAUGUCUUCUCAGCCAAGAGCCUUGCCAGUGGGUGCGUGUCAUUGCUGGCGUUUGGGACCAUCUUUGUCAUCUCGGCCUGCGAUCCAAGGGGUUUCAUUGUGAUGCUGGACAAGGUGGUGUCUUUGUUCCUCAACACCGAGGUGGGGCUGUUUGUCUUCGCCAUGCUACAGGCCUCCAAGGCACACCGGUUCCAACACCUCUCCAUUCCACUGCCGGUAAGCAGGCGGGUCUUCAGCCUGAGUUGGUUGCUUCCUGUCUACUUCCUGUUUGCCGUCGGUUACGACGUCCUGUUGACCCUGAUGGAGGUGGCCGAGAGCCUUCACAUCUACAAGCACGGCCCACUCAUGGCUGCCAACGGUAGCCCACUAACACCAGCCAAUACUAGUUCUCCGUUGUGACUGUGGCAGAUGGAGAUGGACAUGUGUGGGCGCCAUGGACAAAGACAAACAAGCAUAACCUGAAAGAAACCAUCAGGCGCCAUCCCUUAAACAGUAUUGCACAAAGCAUUUCACGAAUAGGGGUUGUCUUGUAAGUACUCCCCUUGCAGCAGAAUGCGCUGGUCCACAGAAUGAAAGCCAAUAACGAGUACUUUAGCGAGAAUGGAAACAUAACCCAGACUAAAUUUGUCACAGAGAAUGUAACUUUUAUUAAUUAGUAAACUGGUUCAUGACAUUUUAUUCCUUUGGUGAUAAUGACUGUGUUACCUCAGCGAGACCCCUGAAUGUAGUAUCCCUGUGGAUAACUACUUAAAGGUUGGGUAUGGAAUUCUCUUUUUUGGCAAUUUUUGCGAAAUUACUUGAAAUCCUUAUCAUAACCCACUUACAGCCACUGAGUUAGAAGUACUGACAUGAAAAUUAAACAAGUCACUCAUCUGUGGAACGGGCAGGGCUCGAAAAACUCCAGCCAAUGAUUUCCAGAACCAGCGAGUGGCAUUGGACAGUAAGUACGUCAAUCAAACGGUCGUACUGCACUCCCCUCCCCCUCCCCCGCUCCCCGCGCAUGACCCCUUCGUGCACGUACUCAAAGCUCGUGACCAAGCUUCUGUUUGUUGUUAUCCUGCGGUAGCUACUGGAGGAAGCUAACUAGCUAAUGGCUCGCUCUCGCGCAUCUGUGUUCGUGCUCUUGCAUGACUGCGCGUCCGUGUACUUGGAAUGGGUGGAGUCAGAGUCAGCAUUGAAGGAGGGGGUAGGACCAUUUCAGUUGUGUAUUUUUUCAAAAUCUGCUGGCGUUUCGCAAAUCCCAUACCCAACCUUUAACCUAUAGAACCAUUUCAAACAUGAAACACAGGAUCAAAUGGCAUUGUCUUAGGAAAAUACCACUAUUUUUUUCUUUUAGGUCGACAAUAAUAGCUAUCAAAAUACCCUUGGACCUUGUGGAAUUAUGUCAUCUAAAAGAUGUGUUGAAUGAAGAAUUACUUUUUCACCCAUCAAUGCUAGGUUUCGGUUUAUGUCCGAUGGCACUUUCAACUUCUUCAAUGUUUUUUAGGUAACCUACGCAUGUGCUGAGAAGUCUGGCUGUGUUUUAAAGUAGAUCUCAUGAAUCAAGCAUUAUGUUUUCUUCUUUUGUAUCUUUCUUCCUUUCUUCCUGUUUUUCUUUCUUCGUUGGUUCGACCAAACUCCAAUAGCUGUGGUUAUUCAUGUUGUGAAUAAGAGUGAGGCAUAGGAGGAUAGCAUUGAUCGAUUGAUUUCAUAUCAAAUAUAGACACACAAAGGUACACAACCGCACACACUUGCUCUAAAUCACAAGUCACAGAACCAUACUGAGUGCCAAAUGAAAAGAUAUAUUUAUUCACUAAAUAAUAUAAUAGUUUGUAGUUUGCUGAACAAAACCAUUUAUAAAUGCUGUCUUAAAAGCUUUAAAAAGAAAACACUGGACAUCAUUUUGUCCUAAUUUAGCUUUAUCUAUUUUACACUUCUUACUUUUUUGGUCUUUCUCUGACGGCUCUACACUGUUUGUCUUUGGAGCACUUUUUUUUCACAUGUGUCAGUAUUUAUUAUGUUCCCAGAAAUGAGUAUGUAUUUUAAUCAUGUCACUAACGCAGAAGCCAUGAGCAGAUAUCAGACUUUGUCAAAUCAUUGUUUUCAAUGAUUAAAUUCAUAUUUUCCGCUUUGAGUCAAGUUGCUUGAUAUUUUACUUUGAUUUACAAUUGUUUAUUUACUAAAUGUCAACAAGGACUUUGUUUUGCAUCUUUGUUCUGCUACCAAAUUCAGCCAACAGCCAUUCUCCAAACCUGGGGGGGGGGGCUGUAACUUAAUAACUGGUACCGCGUUUCUAGGUUAUGGUAUAUUUAUGUUUCUUUCAAAUUGUUGCAAUACAACAACUCUCAAGGCAUCUUAAAUCCGGUCCUAGUAUUUAUAGUAUUCUGGCACAAUAUGUAUUUAAUGGUAUGACACGGAAACAGAAAAUGAAGAUGGCGCCAUUAACAAUUCUCACCAUUCUCUGAAAGUAAAAUGAAGAUUCCAGUUCAGUUCAGUUCAGUUCAGUCCAUUUAUUACCUCAGCCUCCGAUUGUCCAUGGGAGUUUAAUAUUGCAAUGAAGUCAAGUUUACAUGAGAUUACUGCAAAUGUCCACAAGGUGUCAGGCUUCUACAAUAGCAGCUCAUCUUCCCUAAAGUCGUCCACACCUUUACAUCCACUCCAUCUCAUCCUCUUUUUUUAUCUCAGGCAAAUUUCAGAACUUUAAAUCGAUGUGUGUGAGUGUGCAUCCAUAUGUGUGUGUGUGUGUGUGUGUGUGUGUGUGUGUGUGUGUGUGUGUGUGUGUGUGUGUGUGUGCGUGUGCGUGUGCGUGUGUGUGUGUGU